UCCACAAAUACGCCACACAGAUUCGUUAAACAUCUCAACAAAUAGGAAAAGUUUGGAGAUUUUCCCCAAUUUAUUUCCAGAAUAUAUGUAUAGAAAAAUAUUCAUCAUUGUAUAUUUACUGAAGUGCGAAAGUAGCAAGCGUUGCUGUAAAGCAUAAAAUCAUAGGACAAGUAAAUAAUCAAGUUUUAUUAAAUGUGGUUCCAGAAAGUUGAGAAACUAUCAUUUACAAAAUGUUGAAUCCCGUUUCAACUGAAGCAUUACUCUAUUCGGCUACAUAUGUCGAUAAUUAUAUAGAUUCGGUUGAAAAUCUUCCAGAUGAUGUGCAACGGCAUUUGUCCCGUAUACGUGAUAUAGAUGUACAGUACAGAAGCCUGCUACGUGACGUUGAUCACUAUUACGAUUUGUGGCGUUCAUUACAGAAUAAUAACGGCAGUGAAGGGAAUUGUACUAGACGUGCCAGAGCUAUUGCACGCAUGCAACAGAGCCUUAUACAAGCACAAGAAUUGGGUGAUGAAAAAAUGCAAAUAGUAAAUUUAUUGCAGGAGUUGAUAGAUCAUAAAACACGCCAACUAGACACUGAUCAAAAGAAUCUUGAUAUUAAAGAGGAAAUGCAACAGCAACAGAGUCGAAUUGACCAAUUGCAACAAGCUGACGAUAUCGUAGGUCCAACACCAGCGAAACAAGCGCGAGCUUCAAGUCCAACACGUGAUAGCAACACAUUUUGUGCAAAUGGUGGUUCAUCGAGCGGAGCGGGUGGAGGUGGCUCUACACCGAAUUCUGAACGAUCUAGCCAUGCAAGCAAUGGUACCAGUGGUAGUGGUACCGUCAAUGGCGCCAGCAAUACUGGGACGGGAUCAAUGGCAGGCCUAGAAAGUCAACGUUCGGCAAGCAAACGUUCUCGAAGGCGUAAUGAGAGUGCGAUUAUGAAUAGUAAUGUGGAAUUUGGUGGAAAUGAAUCUAAUUCUGCUAACGAAGGUGGUGGAAGUAAUGGAGGAGGUGCGAAUGAACGGCAAACCGGACAGAAAACAUCUGCUGGUAGUGGUGCAGCGCAGAAAAAACAUAACUCCCAGCAUCAAAAUGCUAGUGGCAGUGGGGGAGCUGGUGGUGGAAAUACUUCUGGAGCUGGAGCGGGUAGUGGUAACAAUUCCGGCAAAAAGAAGAAAAGAAAGACACGAGGUGGUCAAUCAUCAGCGCAGGCAAGCGUACGAGAAGAGACACCACCUCCGGAUCCAAUUGAUCCAGAUGAACCGACAUAUUGUGUAUGCAAUCAGAUAUCUUUUGGCGAAAUGAUACUCUGCGAUAAUGACCUGUGCCCCAUCGAGUGGUUCCACUUUUCGUGCGUUUCACUAGUACUGAAACCAAAAGGUAAGUGGUUCUGCCCGAAUUGUCGAGGGGAUCGUCCAAAUGUGAUGAAACCAAAAGCUCAAUUCCUUAAAGAGCUAGAGCGUUAUAACAAAGAAAAGGAGGAAAAAACCUAAAUAGGACACAGCGGAAAACAGUACAGGAGGUUAGAAAGAGAGCUGAAAAAAUAUAAAUCCACACUACCGCAUAGUGACAACGAAGGAUGUUUUCUUUUCAGUUACCAUAUAAGCUUCAGUGCAGGCGUUGUAUUGAGUUCAGCUCAAAUUCCAUUAUUAAACGCCAAGUGAAAAGCAAUAUGCCUUUAUAGUUAUAUAUAUGUAUAUAUAUAUAUAUAUUUUUUUUUUUUUCAUUUUGAAUUUUUUAUUUGAAGUUUAUAAAUAUCAAUGUAUAUUAAAUGUACUUUCAAAAACUGAAAGUUUAAAGUAACGCCUGUACAUAGUGAGUUGAGUACAUUUUCUUUUGUUUGUUCGCAAAGUAUGGUUGCGGCUCUCCUUCUGCUUUAAUAUUUCCUAUUGAAUUUCUUGUUUUGCUUAUAAUGUACAUUGUAUUAGAGUAAAUUAAAAACCUAGUACGUAAAAGAAGUAAAUAUUUUAUACAUAGAAAAUGUAAAUUUACAUAAAAAUGUUAAGUAUCGGGGAAGAUAUUGUAGAUUUAACAUUCACUUCGAUAAUUGGAUUUUAAUAACUUAUUUUAAUUUAAAUCGUCUGUAGCUGUAAAAUAUUUAAGUCACGUCAGAUACUGGCAAAAAAUAUGUUCUUUACUGAAGCUACUUAAAAACAUGAAAAUGUAUUUUAAUUUGUAUUUUAUUUUUUGUUUAAUAUAAAUUUAUAAAACAUUGA